GGACGCGAUACACAGGGAGCCCAGGCGCAGGGGUUUGGAGGCGGACAUCGGGAAAGAGACGGGCCUCCGAGGGUAGGGGGUGAGGGUCCUCGGGGACCCUUGGUCGCAGAGGUACAGAGAGAAGGGAGAGAGGCGGCGAUAUCAGGUGAAAGCCACAGGCGCCCGGAGCAUGGGCGGACCUGCGCAUGCGUCGAUGGAGACUUUGGCGUCGCCCAGCGUCGUCAAGGUAACCCUGAUCCACCACAGCUGGUCAUGGAAUCAGGGACUGGAGGGAGCUGGGGUCAUCCCCCAGCCCAGAGUGCAGCCCUGACGCCCUGGGUGACCAUUCUGCAGCCCCUCCCGUGGGCCAUCCCACCUCCAUCCCCGCAGACAAGCCGCGUGAAGGAAGGCCUGCUGGAGCUGAUGCUGCUGCAGAAUGCACACAUGCACCAGCUGCUUCCGACUGCCCAGGUGGCAGCAGCCCUCGACCCCUGGCCUGCCUGGCCCCGCCCUCAGGUCUACCUGGAGGGUCAACAGGAGGAGUGGGAGGAGGAGGAGGAGGAGGAGGAAGAGAUGAGGGCUCAGGAAGAAGGCCCUUUGGUGUUCCACCAUCACUACCUGCCCUGCCCGAUGCCCGCUCUGGGAGCCCUGCUCCCCUGGCCAGCUCCUCUCAUUUCCUCUCCCCUCCAUCAGCCUCACUUGCAGGACACAGCCAGGGUUCAGCACCGUCCUCCUGCCUCUGGGAAAAGGCAGAUGCGAGCCGUGCCCCCACCUCCACCCCCCAGUGCCACAGAGACUGUGGGUGCAGAUGUACCCCCGGCUUCAGACUACUAUGAUGCCGAGAGCCUACCGUGA